AAUUUGAACAGAGGGCGCGUACGCACUCUGACGUCCUGUUUCUGUAACGUUUGCAAAUUCAGAAGAAAGCACCCGGCCACAAUCUUUAUUCGCAAACAAAAUUAGUUCAAAUGUCAUUAUUAAAAAUGGAUGCUUAAUUCGCAUUAAACAAGAACGCAGUAGGUUACGUACGGACUCCUUCGGGUAAAGUAACGUAAUCCACCCGUGAAUUUAGGUACCUAAAUGUCGCCGAGAUGAAUAGAUUUGGAAGAAACGAGCCGUUGGUUUUGAAAACCUAUGGCAAGCACUCAAGGAAGGUGGAACGCUGGAUUUCCCCUGACACCAGGAAAACUGCCUUCGCGAGCACCUCUUCGUCUGACCUGUCCAUCGGUGAAUCCAGUGGGCUGCGCUUUAUAAGAAGGAAUAAGAAAGUGAGCACCGCGUCCUCAAGGCCAGUGCGAGCGGCGAAGAAAAAGGCCCUGAACGGUUUGCGCGAGAGUGACAGUGAUGCGGAGAACUUUCUCGACCCCACUCCCGAGCAGAAACUCGGCGCCAGUCGGAAAAGGAGGGGAACCCUGAGUGUCAAAGCCUUGCCGAAGUGGAAGAGACGGGUUUCGGAGAGUACCAGCGAGAGCGAGGAGGAGAAGACCUCCAAAAGCCGAGCGACCAGCUGUGGCUCGGGGGCGAUGGGUUCAGGCCUGAAGGCAGGUAAUUCUGCGGCGCUGCCGUCCUACCUGAGCCGGUUCGUCACACAUCGCAGGAGGGGGGCGCCCGAAAAGCCGAGGGUGACUCAGCCGAGUCGGACGGCGCAGAAACCUCGCGUUUCCGUUGGCGACGGGAGCUGGAAUUCGUCGGAGGAUUUCCUGAAGAGCCUGACCCUCGCUCAGCGGAGCAGGAAGGUGCGGCCGGUGCCGAGGCGGGCCUUGCCUUCCGCCAACUCCAGCGCGGAGCUGGUCUCCCCCGCGCCGGGCCUCUGCGGGGCCCGGGUCGUCCUGAAAGCGGUGUCGCUCAACGGCUCCGCCGACGACAGACCCCCGGCGAGCGGCUACAAGAAGCCCCUGCUGUCCAGCACCCCGUCCGUCUCCGCCCGGCCCGGCUACCGGCACCUGGAACCUUCCGUCAGCGAGAUCUCCUGCAGCAUGGACGACGCGGAGGAGGCCUUCCGGCCCGGCGAGGACGCCACGGGGAGCCUCGCGUCUCCAGGGCAACAGGAGCUCAGAGUCCUGCUGGAGAGCAGUGAGGAAAACGAGGGAGGAAGGGUUGGGCUUCCCGUUUCUAACGGUAACGCCGGCGUCCCCCAGCACAGCGCGGAGCUGUUCUCGCGCGUCGGCUGCGAGGCGGGGGUGAGGGACGGGCCCGGGACGGUGCGGGACCUCCCGUCUUCGGAGAACCUCUCCGUGCAGUUCCUGUCGGCCGAGACCCAUUUGGGUUCGCUGGCGGCGUCCCUCAAGGGGAGGGGCACGCCCGUGGUGGUUUUGGAAAGGGCGGACCUGUCGGAUUACCUGAGCGGCGGGAGGGGUGAGCGGGAGGAGGAGGACGAGGACGCGUACUCGUCCUGCCUGGAUUCGGAGUCGGCGCUGAGGGGCAGCGGGUCCGAGGACAAGCUGGGCUCCAGCGCCGAGGUGCCGGGAGGGAGCGGGAGCGCGGGGGCCGGCCACGGCGACGGGGGCCUGGGUGAGGACGCGGGGCGGGGUGCGGAGGACGAGGAGCGGCGUGGUGCUGGGCUGAGGUCGGGAGAAUGGGAGGAAAGCGCUUCCGUCGUGUGGAUCCCGCCGAGCCCUCUUGGCGAGAGCGGCGGCGGACGUCUGGGAGACGCGGAGCGCGGCGCCUUUGGGGCGGCCCACGGUUCGAGUCCCGCCCCGAACGCGGGUGACGGCGUCCCGGUGGCCGAGCAGAGCAGAGACCUGUUCCUGGACCGGUCUGAGGUCGAGCCUGAGGACGGGAGUGGGGAAGCUCCUCCCGCUGCGGCGUCCCGUAAAAAGGCGUCUCUGUCGCCCGAGGAGGAGGAGGAUGCUGGGAAUUCCCGUCCUCUAGCGGCCGUGUCCGUCAGGGCCAGUUUGGAAAAGCGGUGCCGUUUGGUCCAGCCCACAGUUCUACUCAGACCCCUCGAUCUGUCCCAGUGGAUUGUGGGCCACGGAACCCUGCCGGCGCGGGGCUCCUUCUCGGCCAGAGAGCGUGAGGCCCGGAGCUCCGGGAGCGGUCCGCAGAGUUCCCCAGUGAGCAGUGACCCCCAGGGGCGGCCCCAAAGCUCGCCGGAGCGACCCGGCCGAGCGAACCCGGGGCGGGACGGCGGGAGGCCCAGCGUGGGACCCAGGAGGCGGCUGUCGUCCACGUCCGCGUUCGCGUCCGGCGCGGCCAAGUCGGCGAGCGUUUCGGCCAGCUUCGCCCUGUCCCCCGGGCAGAAGAGGGGUCCCGGCAGAGCCAGGAACCAGGGCGCGCCCCCCCCCAGAGACAAGCCGGGGACGGGGCGGAAGGCGUGCGUCAGCGGGCUCAGCGUCAGCAGGUGGGCCAAGAACGACCUGCACCGGCAGAGGCCGAAAAAGGGCCCCGCCCAGUCGCACCUGUCCCGCGCCGGAGACUGCUCCCUCUUCGACUUCCAGCUGGGGCCCAACACCAAGAAGCAGCCUGAUGGCGGGAGCAGCCUGUUGAAGGACGCUGGGAGCAGCCUGUUGAAGGACGGCGGGAGCAGCCUGUUCCAGGGCCCCAGCGGCGUGGUUCUGGGGACCCCUCGGCGCGUGGAGCCCCUGAACAUAUCCUCCCUCCUGGCCGACUUCACCCCGGAGGCCCUGACCACACACACCUGGAGCCGGCUGAAGGCCGCCCUGUCCGUGCACAAGAGGAAGAAGGCUUUCUUCACUCCUCAGAAGCUGAGCCUGUCCCAGGCUGAGCUCCAUGGCGACGGCUCGCUGGAUGGGAGCGCCCGUCUGCUCUACUCCCCCCAGUGCACCCCCCUCUCCCGCCACCUGAAGGCCAGCCUCCUGAGGAGCGCCACAGCGACCCCUCUGGGCGCCAGCCUGCUGUCAGAGGACAUCACAGACGCUGAGAAGCUGUACCUGGAGUGCCAGCAGGAGGGGCCUAUCCUGUUUGAGCAGUGCAUCCCGCCCCACAGGAUGAAGCUCUGCAAGAAGGUGGGGGAGGGGACGUUCGGGGAGGUGUUCACCACCACCAACGACUCCAACGAGACCGUGGCUUUGAAGAUUGUGCCCAUCGAGGGCAAGCAGAAGGUGAACGGGGAAGAUCAGAAGAGUUUUGGGGAAAUUCUUCACGAAGUGAUCAUCUCAAAGGAGCUCAGCAGCUUGGAUGCUAAGGAAAUGAACAAAACUAACGGUUUUAUAGGAUUAAACAACCUGCACUGCGUUCGAGGCGCGUAUCCCAAGCUCCUCCUGAGCGCCUGGGACAAAUUCGACAAGCAGAGGAGGUCGGAAAACGACCGUCCCGACUUCUUUGAGGAGGAUCAGCUGUUUCUCAUCCUGGAGUUUGAGUUUGGUGGCAGUGACCUGGAAGCCAUGAAUGGCAAGCUCUCCUCAUUGGUCGUUGCUAAGAGCAUCCUGCACCAGGUGACCGCGGCCCUGGCUGUGGCGGAGCAGGCGCUGUGUUUCGAGCACAGGGAUCUGCACUGGGGGAACAUUUUGGUGAAGACCACCAAGGAGAAGACCGGGACGUACGUCCUGAACGGGACCUCGCACUCCGUGGAGACCAAGGGCGUCCACGUCAACAUCAUCGACUACUCGCUUUCCCGGCUGGAAAUAGAUGGUCUGACCGUUUCCUGCGAUAUCUCUGCUGACGAGGCGCUCUUCAUGGGGAAGGGGGACUACCAGUUUGACAUUUACCGCAAAAUGCGCGAGGAGAACAAAAACAGCUGGAGCGAGUUCAACCCGCACACGAACGUGCUGUGGAUUCACUACCUGGCUGACAAGCUGCUUCAGAUGAGCUUCAGGAGCAAGGCGCAGACCAAGCCCAUGCGGGAGCUGAAGAGGAGCAUAGCGGAGUUCCACAGGAGCGUCCUGGCCUACGGAUCGGCUGCCAGCGUUCUGGAGAGCUGCAGUCUGUUCCAGGAGGCGUAGCUGAUCAACUCUCCCCCCCAGAUGUACUGUACAGUGUAGAAUGUCGAUAGUUUAGAUAGCGCGGAUGUAAAUGACUGUUUGAGAUGUCUGUAAACAAAAAACUUUUGUACAAUAAAUUAUGUCGUUGCGAACGUAACGGAAAAUGCUUUUUUAAGGUGUACUUCCCGUGUAAAUAAAAUGAGGACUUUGACUCUCA